CUUCUGGGAGUAACAGAAUGUUUCAUUCUGACUGCAAUGGCUUAUGACAGGUAUGUCGCCAUUUGUAACCCACUGCUCUACCCUCUCAUCAUGAACAGCAGACUGUACCUCCAACUGGCUGUGGGCUGUUGGACCAGUGGAGUUCCAGUACAUAUCGGUUUCACAUACUGGAUGUUCUUUCUACCUUUCUGUGGACAUAAACAUUUGAAUCACUUUUUCUGUGACAUACCUCCCGUCCUUGCUCUCGUGUGUGGGGACACUUUCAUGAUUGAGAUGGUGCUUUAUUUAAUUGCUUUCAUAGUUGUCACUAUUCCGUUUACGUUGAUACUUGGCUCUUAUCUGAAAAUACUCUUAACCAUUGUGAAGCUGCCUUCUGCCAGUGGGAGAGCCAAGGCCUUCUCUACCUGUUCUUCCCACCUCAUGGUUGUGGCUUUAUUCUUUGGCUCAGGCAUCGUAACUUAUUUGAGACCCAAGUCCAGUCAUUCUCCAAGAAUGGACAAAUUCCUUUCUCUCUUUUAUACCAUUGUGACUCCCAUGUUUAAUCCCAUGAUAUAUUGCUUGCGAAACAAAGAUGUGAUUUUGGCAUUGAAAAAAUUCCUCCUGAAAUGGAUUGUGUUAUGA